UGAGAAUCGAUGGCGCAGAGGCCCGCCUGACAGGACAAUAAAACCACAAAGAAGCGCGAGAAGAUCGUGAUGUACCUGCUGUGGGAGUACAAAGCCCCCUACCUAACCCUAACGGCCUGGCCUGGGUCCAGAGCCAGUCCCUGAAGUGUGAACAUGAGGCGCCCACCUACUCUCUCUCCUUGCUCUUAAUGGAGCCCCAGUCUCGUGAAUUGAAAUGGAAGAUGAAGAUGGGACAUGUUUACUUGAUGUGUUGUGUGAUCCACAAGCUCUGAAUGACUUCCUUCAUGGAACAAAAGAGCUGCUGAGUGGAGACCUGCUCAUUAAUUCCUCCUCUGGGGAGCCAUCCCUGUUCACAGACACCCCGAGCCCUGUGUCUUUAUUGGCAGAUGAUGCUGGUUCUCAUGACACGCCUGCCUCAGGCUGUGUGGAUCUCUCCUUCCUGGAUGAGGCCUUGCUGGCCUCACCAACUGGAGAAGAAGAUUCAGACGAGCCACAUGAUGCCUUAGAAGUACAGGCAGAGGUACCGCUGCAGCAGCCACAGCAGCAGGAGCAGGAGGAUAAGCAGGAGGAGGAGACCUGUGACAUUUUGCAACAAAGUCUCCAAGAGGCUGACAUCACUGAACACACUCUGGCUUUAGAGGCAGGUCUUGCACCACCUGGAGAGCCUCUCUCACUCUACCCAUCUGAUAUGCCCCUUCCUUCACCGACCUAUCUGUCCAAACCACUGAACAUCUCUGGGGUCACUACGUUGCCCAGGGACACUCAGGUUGCAGUAGAGCCUCCUCAGCCUUCUCUGUUAGCGGUAGGACCGGGAUGUCCCUCACUCAAACCUGCAGCACCCCAGUUAAUGGGGCUGCUACCUGGGAAUGUAUUCCCUGCACCUUCUCCUGAGACAUCUUUCUCCCUGAAUCCUGCACAGGGCUCCAGCAUGAUCGUCCGGAAAACCCUACCAGGCCUCGCAGGCCGCCAGCUGUUGACCCCUGCUGUUAGGACCACAGCAGCUCCAGAGAUCAUACUGCAGAGGACUCCUCUGCCCAUUCAGCCCAAGUUGCCGGUGAACAUCCAGCCUAGGUUGGUGCAAAUCAGCCCUAAGCCUUCAGGGCAGAAAUCGUCUCCAGGACUUACUUUUAUUCCACCAGCUGCGUCUCAGAACAUCCUGCUGUCCUCUCCUGUGACCUCCAAGCAACCUCCACCAUCACAACCCACACCAACGCUCAACAAACCUGUCAGCCUUCAGCUAGUCAACCAGGGAGGCUCCAUUGUCAUACAGCCCCAAGGCCUCUUUCAGGGCCAAAGCCACUUCCUUCUGCCCAGCCAAAGCCCUGUAACAGUGGCCCAGUCUACAAGCACUGCUAGGCCUCUUCUCACCACAGUGAACAAUCAAAUGCCAAGUGGAGCCCCUUCAGCAGGACACCUCGUUGAUGGCUCACAGAUUGUGACUGUACGCCCUAGGCAACUGAAUUUCAGCCCAGUAUUUACAACUCCUACUGGGCAGCUCACACUCAGACAGGGAGCCCUCCUGGCAGGGCCCUUGCAGCUUCAGUCGGCACCUCCUACCGUCUUCCAGAUGCCAGCACAGCUAACAGGAGCCUAUGCUCCUCAUCCACGGGGGCAGCAUGGUGCUGUGGUCCACAGCCCUGCCUUAGGGAACCAGAUCACCUUGAUAAAUAGCCCCAGUGUGCUCACCCCUGAUAUGACCUCCAUUUCAAUAGUCAACGGCCCAUCAGUGGUGCAAAACCUGCCCUUUGUGUCGCAGGCACAGAGACUUAUGGCAGGAGGUCCAGAGGAGCAGCUAAGUCUUCCACAGACCCCAGUGCUUCUCCUGCCUGAAAGAACAGUAACAGAUAAGACUGAAGCAAACGAGCAGCUUCAAAGCAUCUUACAACAGAGCAGACUGUCUUCUCCAGUCUCGGUCCAACCUCCUGUUGCCGAAAUGCACUCACAGCCUUCUCCAGUGGUCACUCUCCUGCAGGCACCACCAGAAAGCACUCAUACACCUGAGCCUGUUGCGUCGUUAUCCAAACACCUAAUUUCCCAACCAGAAAAGCAACAGGCUGUUGAAGAAGUCCGUAACUCUCAGAAUCAAGCCUUCAUACUUCAUCCCCAACAGCAAGCACUUUCAACCACUGCAGAGUCCUUGUCCGAGAUGCUGCUAGCGGACAGUCACAUCUCUCCUGCAGCCAGUGAGACAGAAGCUUCUCCUGCAGCCCUGGCUGUGUGCAGUCAGUCUGAUGCCCUCUCUAUACUUUCUGAGUGUGGUGGGAUGCCCACCCCAGCACAUUCUGGGUCAGAGCACAGCGACAUGCUGUCCUCACCACCUAUACUCCAUUGCUCUGGAAGCACCCCAUCUACAAUGUUCCCCACACCUCCACUCUCAGACAGAGAGCCCAUGGCCUCCUCUGCAUUUGUGGCUCUCAAUGCAAACCCCCAAGGGCAAGAGGAGUCUGUGUUGUGCCUGAGCCCGUCUUCUGUUCCAGAAAAGAUGUGUUUGUCUGGGCAACAGCCUGCUUCUGCUGGCCUUAGUGGAACCCUGGAGGCUGGCCUCUGUGGAGUCCAGCAGCACAUGAAGCAAAGCAAACUCAGAGCUCCUGGUGUGAUGGCUGAUGGUGAACUUGUCUUGCCAGACCUACAGGAAGACCACAAGAUUGUGUCAUCACAGGGCACACAGAUAACGACCACCGUCCAGGUGCAGAUAUCAGUACCCUCUGUCAGUGUGAAGGAAAAAGAAAGACUCACUCCAGCAGUGCGGCAGUACAGGGUGAAGCAGCAGAUUUGUUCAGACCACAAUGCUGUUUUCAAUCCAAAUACUCGUUCUCGAUUCAUUUCGCUAGAGGAUGCUGUGAGACACCUGUUGCCGUACCAUACCUGCUCCAGAGCCUUACCUAGCCACGCUGAUCUGAUGACAGUGGAUAAGCAGUUUGAGAAUGUAUCGGGGCUGCUGCUGAACCGUACCACAGACAUGCUGAACAAGUACAGGAAGCUCUUACUGGCAGAGUCCCAGCAGGAGAGUCCCUCAGCAGAGAUGGUGAUGCUGGAGCGGUUGUUCCUGCAGUCUGAGAGAUUUUCACUGGGGGAGGAGAGACGCAGAGCCAGGGGAGAUCCAGAGUCGUUCCUGAUGUCCUUGCGUAAAGCCUCUUUGCACCGCAGCAUGGUGCCCUCAGGCCAUGCUGAUGCCUCAGGCAGUCCUCCUUCUCCUCCAGCAUGGUCUCUACACUCAGACCGGCCUCCGGGCCUUAAGACGUAUCGUUCCAGAAGCAGGGGGGCGCUCCGCCUCACCAUCAAACAUGAGUCAGGAUCUCGCAAAGUCAUCCACAAUUCUGCCUGCGACAACAACCCACACACCCCCUCUGGCCACAAGCGCACCUCUGGUGGGCAGCUAACCAAUGGAGGAGACGUGCAGGAGAAACAGGAAGCCCUUAAGCCUCCUUUGCUGUGUCCUCCAGUGAGCAGCUCUCAGCCUGUGAAACAAGCUGUGGGGAGAGGUCAUACAGACAUAGAGACAAGCAGGACAGCUUGCGAUUUGGACCUCCCACAUUCCACGGCUAAGUUGGAGUGCACAGGUGAGAGUCCAGAGGGUUUGCUUCCCGAAUUGUGCCCUCCAGGGCUUAAACGGACAAAACUGGACUCUUCAGAUGCACUGUGUCCAGGUUCUUCUCCGCUGGUGGAGGACAGCGGUCUCAGUGAGCACCUGCAGAGUGCCAUAGACAGCAUCCUGGAGCUGCAGCGGCUGCAGGGGACAGCGGCUGGGGUCAAACCCAAACUACAGCAGAGUCACUCAUUGGAACAAGCAGUAAGUUGCAUGCUGGAGGGAGAGCUGUAAUACACUUAAGACCCCCAGGAUGAGAACAAGUGCCAUUUCCAGCAUUUAAUUUCCUGCAGUUGAAUAUAACACUGUCUGAUGAACACAGCAGACACUAAAUUCUUAAUUUGUUCAUUCACAGUCUAAGAGGAGUCUACUGUUAACUGUCCCUUACUGGCAUGAGAAAGGUCUUUAAAAUAAAGCACUGGAAGUAAAUAAGUAAAAUAAGUUAAAUUCUAAAUGUAAAAAGUAGCAGUUAGAGUUUGGGAAAUCUGAUGUGAAUAAAUUGAGUGGAGCAUUUUUGAGAGAUGCGCCACAGUAAUUUUUUAUAUUCCUAUUGGUUUAGUGUUAAGUAAGGAAACCUCCAAUGUGCUUGAUUUGUGCCAACAUCAAAAAUGUUGUCAGUUACAUUUGCAGAGUGCCUGUGUGUAUUCUUGUCUUUUUUGAAUGUAUGUAUGUAUGUAUGUAUGUGCGUGUUUGUGUCAUAAGUAUGAUAGCUCAUGUAUGAAGGGGAAGAGUUUGCUUGGUUAUAUAUAAUAUAUAUUAUAUAAAUAUAAAUACAGUACAGUUUAAGCAAGUUUGUAUUUGGAGAUUCUCACACUUCAAGUGUGCAUAAUCUGCAGGUGACAGUACAUGGAAUAUGUUGCAGCUUGUUUACCCCCAAAGAACAUGUGCUUCAUUCUGAAAUCACCAGCAAAACCUAUUACUGCAUCAGUGAGAUUUUUUUCCUUAAAAAUGACUCGUCUCCAAUCCAAAAUUAACAAAAAUUGAAAGAACAUUAUCCAGUUAAGAAUUGGCAGGUAUUUUUUUGUGCUGACUUUGCAGCCAACUGUGAUGCAUCUUUCCAUUUUUGCAUCACUGUGCACCAUUUUGUCAUUUGAGACGGGCUUUGCAUCAUCUGUGCACUGUUUGGUCAUUUGACAAGGAGACAAAAUCUAUGAUAUAUUAAAGAAACAAGCAAUAAUGAAUGGUUGGUCUAAAAUGUGGUUGUGCCUCAGUCAAACUUCUAGUCCUUGUUUUCUGUGUAUUUGUGAUCCCAUCAGUUCGUCAUUCUUUGACCGGCAAAGUGGUAAAAUCUUGAUGCACCAAUGUGUAUCUAUACUUAUCAGUUUAACUUUGGGAAAUCAGUGCCAACUGAUGAGUUACUUGUGCAGGAUCAGAACACAGAAUUUGGUAAAAGGGGGAAAAGUGUUUUACUUUUUUUAAUGUAUUUGUGUUUGAUGUUUUCCUUGACAAUCUAUGACAAUUUUGUAUGUUUUGUGCACUCCACAUAUAGUUCUGUAUAGAACUAGACCUGUUAAGGUUGACUUUCUGGAUAUGUAGAUGAUGGAUUGUGGAGGCCCCAUUAUUUUUCAGCAGUAAUUAUUAUUGGGGGUUGACACCUCAUUCUUAUUUAAGUAGAGACAAUGGGCCUUAUCAAGCACCCCAGUUUAAGAACACCAAUAUAAGAUCGAGCCUCAUUAGUAGUACUAUGUAAAAGGCAUAAACUGACAUCAGAUCAGCAUUAUUAUCUGGGAUGUUUGAUAAGUGUGGGCCAGUGUCGCAAAGCUACAGCUAAUUAUUCAUCGUCGCUCACCAAGUGAAACGUCCAUGUCUCACCUGACAUCAGCAACCGCAUAUUUGGCUGCAGUGUUAUUACUUUCAAAUGCCAAUUUGAUAUUCCUCUCCAACAUGCUAUGCACUAAUCUAGAACUAAAACCAAGUCAAUACAGCGCACUUAACCCUGUAAACUGUGACCAGCCCUAAAUGUGACAAGGUGCCACUUUUCAAUGUAUGAUGUCAUUUUUUUCCUAGUCAUUCUCUUUUUUCAGUUUAAUACUGUGAACAUGGUAGCAUGUGUUGGACACAGCUUCAGACUAUGACACACUUGACUGACAGAUUGUUCUGAUGCCAAAAUCAAAGAGGCCUUAAUUUCGCAGUACCAGAUUGUAAA